AUGGGACGGCAGCCACCUGAACCAGGAACAGUUCAGUGUGAAACGCACCAGAAAGGGGGUCAUUUGCAGACAACACUAUGCAGGAAACUCCCAGCUCUUCUUGCCUUACCAAGUGAAAUUCUACUGGAAAUUCUGCAAUUAAAUGUGGAUUGCACGUGGGAUACAGAGAAGGCUUACUGUCUAGAUCUACGGAGAACUUGCCGAACUGUUGAUGAUGCUGUUUCACGCAUUGUUUUCCAGAGGAUUGAUCAGGGCAUAAUCCUUCGGAAUAAGAAGCCAUUGCAUGGCCGGACUCUGAAGUGGCUACUCCUUACCAAGACAAAAAUUCAAUAUACCAAAAAGGAGGGGCUAUUCGCAACUAUUCACGCAUCCGCAGCAUGGAUGUCUACGCAAAGCGCAUUUAACUCUAGGAAGCUCUACACCUACGACGACUAUCUCGAUGCUGCGUGCCGCGCCAUUGUCGCCCGCCAUGAAGAUGACUGGAUUUUGCAAAACGCAAUUUUUGGAGUUUCAACAUGCCGAGACAAUUCAUUUCGGACUAAUCAGAAAAAGGCCCAGACGGUUGAGAAUGAUCUGGGUCAGGAUGUGACGGAGAUCCAUGCAUCUGAAAUGGCCAAUGGCGCUCUGCAUCUUGCCGCGUCGCUUGGGAACGCCUCAGCUGUGAUGUCGCUACUCGCAAGAGGCGUAAAUCCGAACCAAAGCCAUGCCUUGUACGGAUACGCCCUAAUUGCAGCCAUAUUUGGUGGACACGUGGAGAUAGUCCGUCAUUUCGUCAAACAUGGCGCUGACUUGAACGUGCGGCCUCUGGCCGGUGAGCCUCCUGUUGUGUUUGCUGCCCAGAGAAAUAACAAAGACCUAGUAGACCUGCUGGCGAAGGAGGGCCGUGUUCGGGUGAACAGCAGCUGUAAAAACGGAUUGACUGCCUUGCUAUGGGCUGUGAGGCGGGGAUGGUUGGAUACAGUCCAGACACUUCUCGGGCGAGAGGAAAUCGACCCAGAUCCUUUGACAACAUGGGGGGACUCGCCGCUUGCAGCAGCGAUAAAGUGUCGGCACGAUGACAUCGCUCGCUUGCUGAUAAACCGACUUGAUGUUGAGCUUCAGUUUCGUUCUGGCGUACAGGGUCAAUUAUUGGUCGCUGUUAAAAGGGGCUCCUGUGAAAUCAUCAGCUUGCUACUCGACAGGUACAAACUCGACCCAAAUAUUCAUCUUAAAGCCGAUAAAUCUCUCUUAGGUCUUGCUGUGUUCUGGCGACAGAAAUCCAUUGUGGAUUUACUUUUGAAGCACAAGGAUGUCGAUCCAAACUAUAAACAAAAAGACACGCAUCCUACACCUUUUAUGAUAGCAAUUGACAAUGGGGACAUCGAAAUGGUGGAGCUUCUUAUUGCUCACAAGGGCUUGAACCCAAAUCUCAUGUCCAAGGGGCUCACGCCGCUGGCAAAAGCAAUUCAGAGGCGGCACGAUCAAAUGGCUCAAAUUAUUCUUGGCCGAACUGAUAUUGAUAUCUCUAUCAGAGUGCCCCUUAAAGGUACAACAGAACGUUCUCUUAGUCUGCUGGGUCUAGCUGCUUUGAAAGGUACACAUGUUACUCUACGCGGUCUUCUCGAUCAUCCUGAAAUCGGAGACCCAAACGAUGGGGGGAAAGAGGAGCCCACGCCUUUAUUCACUGCGAUAUCCCGUGGCAAUACCAGUGUGGUCGGAGAGCUCCUCAAGCAGCAUGAUGUGGACCCUAACAAACUUUCAAUGAACAGAGUGCUAGAGAUGAUGACACCACUACAGCACGCAGUUAAACGUGGCAAUAGGAAGAUAGUCAAGUUGUUGCUGGGUCGAAAAGAUUUGGAUGUGAACAAAUUUGGGGAAAACCGUCACACGCCUCUGGAGCUUGCUGUCCUGGAAGAGGAAGCACCCGGACUUACAUCUCUCCUGCUUACAAGAACGGACAUUGAUAUCAACAGGCAAGCUGAAGUUCGCAGACAAGAAUACCGGGUUGAGACUCAUCGCAUGACUACGGAGCUGAAUAAGCUGGGCUACAACUUUAAAUCAGUACAUGCUGAAGGAGUUGGACUGGGAGGCGGAGAAACGAUACUUUUACUCAACGCAAAGGGUGGAAGGGUUGAUUCUGUCAUGCAACUUAUGCGUGACAAGCGUAUCAAUCCGAAUAUAGGAGAUGCAUGGGAAAGAACGCCACUUUGGUGGGCAGCUCAGGAGGGCCAUAUACAGGUGGUGGAGCGGCUCCUUGAGCUCGGCGACAAGAUCAAGCCAUCGCUUGUCAACGUGAAUGUUCAGGACCUGGAGGGCUGGUCACCUCUUCUUUGUGCUGUGAAUGGGAGCUACGAACCAAUCGUUUCCGCGCUCCUUAAAAGGCCUGACAUCGAUCCAAAUCUUGCCAAUCAGGAGGGUUGGACGCCCUUACAUCUGAGCGUGGCCCGAGAAAACGAAGGGAUAGUGAAGCACUUACUGGCACACCCCAAAACAAAUGUCUGGGCAAAGCUAAAAGUCGGUCGGACGGCACUGGAACUCACUGGCCCUUGUCGGGGGAGGAUAUUCAAUGCAGUGAAAGCCCGUGAAAAUCGAGACGCUGGGCGACGAUGA